UAACUGGUAGGCCACUGCUUGCAUGCGUUUACUCUGCAUGCUUCUUAACUUGUGGAGAGUUAUUCAACUCCUCACAGAAGAUUUGGUAUGAUGUUUAUUUGGUCUAAUAUUUGUUAGUGUUUCCGGAUCAACUAGAGAGCCAUUUGGAAUAUUUCUGAGGGAUGGGGGGAAGGUUGCUAGACGUCCGUUUGAGCAGGGAUGGGUUCUAUGUUUUUUGCUGUUUUGUUUGAUUUUUCUGUGUCAGUUUUGGUAUUUUUGUUGAUGCAUUCGGUGAUUUUGUCUUUAGGGUUGGGUGUGGUUGAUGUAUUUGAAGUGUGGGUAUUUAUGUUUGUUAGUGUGACAGUCAUUUUACAUUUGCUAGCGUCGGAGUCUUGUGAGCACCAGUUUAUUUCGCCAUGUUCGUUUAGUGAGAGAAGUGUUGAGUGUGUGCUUGUGGUUUUUUUGUUUUUAUUGUUUGUGUGUGUGUCUGGAGAGGUGGGGAUGUCUAUUGAUGUGAUGUCUUGUAUUGGUGUGUUUGUGACGCUGCUUUUCGCGCCUAUACUGUGUUUGUAAGCAUUUGAGAGCGGGAGAGAAGUAAGAUGAGAGAGAGUGGUGAGCUUGUUCUUUUGCUUUGUGUAUGUGUGAGUGUUUAGGACGCGUUUGGUUUUGGCGCCAUGAUGGUUUGUAGCUUUCUCAGUUUCCACUUUGUACUUUUAUUUUUUUUUUGUUUAAUAGAUCAGUCUGACGGCACUGCAAAACUAACAGAGCGUCAACAUUUUAUUUAACUUAAUACCACAUGGCAACUUCCUUAAACAUAACAUGGCGUUGCUUUAACAUAUAAAUAGGAAAGCAUACGUUAACAAAAACAGAUUGCCAGACCCAAGACACAGCUUGGCGCUUACCGAAACAGAUCCCCAGCAAUAGAUGUAACGAAUGUGAUGGGGCCAGGCACCAUCUUCAAAUAGACAUCCUCAAAUAGGCACCAGGAGCAGGGCAGCCACCGCAUCGACACAGUGGACGCAGUCAUCAUAGGCUGGAGCAGCCACUCAGGUAGUGGACGCCAAGAAUCCGCCAACAGGGCAGUCGGCGCUGAAGGCUCCUCGCCGCUAAUCCAAGGGAAUCAGCUGGCAGGGCUCGGGAGCAACCACAGCAAAACUGCUGCAGAGUAAGCGGAGAAGCAGCCCACUUCCAACGCAGAAGCAUCCAACCGGAACAUGGCCUUCAUCGCAGCAGCAGUGUGGUAUUGGACACCAGAGGCUGAAGCAGCAGCCAAGUGGUGGUCGCCGGUGACCGCAGCCGGCGCAGGCAGCAAAUCUGGCAGUUUGGCGCUGCUUUGUGUAGAGGCCAGCAUCAACAUAGCACCACAGCAGGAAGAAGCUAUUGCGUUAUUAGGGGCGUUAUGUAUCAUGUAUAUUAAUGACUGUACAAUUGUAUUGAAAAUAAUUAAGCAGCCAACAGAAAUAUGGCAGCCAACAGAAAUAUGGCAGCCAACAGAAAUAUGGCAGCCAACAGAAAUAUGGCAGCCAACACAGCCACAGAGUUGCGGUGGCCACCGGAAUCUGGAGCAGCUAACAAGUAGUGGCCGCAAAAACGCCUUUCGUAUGCGAUUUGCCUGUUUGUAAUUAAUGACAUAAAUAAAAUUGUAUAUACAAAAAUUA